GGGUGAAAUAGAGGGACAAGGCAGAGACAUGGAGACAGAGAGAAAAAGAGAGAACUGGUGGAUAUGAAACCUUUUUCCCUUGAAAAGAAAGGAGACCCCGGCGACCCCCCCAUCCCGCCCCUCCGCCCGGGUCGCCUCCGCUGAGGUGGAAGCAGCCUGACUCUCUUCCAGGACUGAGGACAGCCUCGGGCCCCGGCUGCCCGGCCGAGGGCCGCGCGGGAGCCGGGGCGCGGGACCGACAGGGGGCGUCCCGCAGCCGGGACCUCCAGCCUCGGACCCGAGACCGGCCGGCGCGCUCUCACCGUCAGGGGGCGCUGAGGGACUGCCCCGGCCCCCGCGCCCCUUCCCCAGCCGGGGCGGGCAGUGGAGCGGGGGCCAUGCGGGGCCAGGCCCGGAAGGAGAGUCUGUCCGAUUCCCGAGACCUGGACGGCUCCUACGAUCAGCUCACGGGGAACCCACCCAGGCCCACUAAAAAAGCGCUGAAGCAGCGAUUCCUCAAACUGCUGCCGUGCUGUGGCCCCCAGGCCCUGCCCUCAGUCAGCGAAAAUAGCGUAGAGGAUGAGUUUGAAUUGUCCACUGUGUGUCACCGGCCCGAGGGGCUGGAACAGCUGCAGGAACAGACCAAGUUCACCCGAAAGGAGUUGCAGGUCCUAUACAGGGGCUUCAAGAACGAAUGUCCCAGCGGCAUUGUUAACGAAGAGAAUUUCAAGCAGAUUUACUCCCAGUUCUUUCCUCAGGGAGAUUCCAGCACUUAUGCCACCUUCCUCUUCAAUGCCUUUGACACCAAUCAUGAUGGUUCUGUCAGCUUCGAGGAUUUUGUGGCUGGUCUGUCGGUAAUUCUCCGAGGAACCAUAGAUGAUCGGCUCAAUUGGGCCUUCAACCUAUAUGACCUCAACAAGGAUGGCUUCAUCACCAAGGAGGAAAUGCUGGACAUCAUGAAGUCCAUCUAUGACAUGAUGGGCAAGUAUACAUAUCCUGCCCUUCGGGAGGAGGCACCAAGGGAACAUGUGGAGAGCUUCUUCCAGAAGAUGGACAGAAACAAGGAUGGUGUGGUGACCAUUGAAGAGUUCAUUGAGUCCUGCCAGAAGGAUGAGAACAUCAUGCGUUCCAUGCAGCUCUUUGACAACGUCAUCUAACUUGAUACAGAGAGGGGUUGUCAUGUGCUAGGGGAAGCUCCUGGGCCUCCCUGCCCAGAUGGACCUCGCUCUUCUUUUCCCAGGUCUAUCUCCAGCCCCCAUCCUGUGUCUGCAGGGGCCCAGGCAACCCACAGGGGUUGCUAGGAGACUGUGACCCCUCUGGGGGUAUCUGGGUUCUGAGGUAAAAGGGGGUGGGGGGUGGGUGGGGACUGGGAAACAGGACAGAAUCCUGAAGUAGUGUUUGGAAGUGUCCAAGACUCCCACAUAGUUACCCAGGCCUCCUGUCUGCUCCAUGUGAUGAAAGCCCAUUCCCCUGCCUUAGGAUUUGAAGUAGGAACAAAGCAGCAUCCCUCAUUCCCAUUCUACCCACACAAGAGAAUCUGAGAACGCCCCUGCUAUGGUGCUUCCCCAAACCAACCAUUCUCCCAGGGACCUCCCCACUGGGCACUUUCAGAGGAACCUCUAAGAGAUCCUAGUAGCAAGGAGUAGUCUUAGACCAUAGGCCAGCAUCUAAACUAGUUCAUCAGGGUCCUCUGUAGUGUUAAAGUUAAAAAUGAGUCCGGACAAGCCUCCCAGUCUCCAGCUCCUGAGUCUGGGGAGUCUGAUUGAGAACACUUUGGCUUGUAUAGAAGCUCUGAUCCCUGCCUCUCUGAAAAGAAGAGGUGAGAAAUCAAGGUCUUAUACUAUAUCUGCAUGAAAAGAUAAGCCCCCUAGGACAGGAACCUGGAAUUCCAGAUACCUGUGUUGCCUGCCCUGAUUCUCUCCUGGGACCCUCCAAGCAUUUCGUCUUCCCCAUGUUUCCCUAUAUAUGAUGGUGGUGAAUGUAGGGGUAAGAGUACUAUUGAUGGAAAAAUGACCACGACGCAGGAGUUCACUGAGGUCCUGUCACCUCUUAUGUAUCCUGUCCUGUCAGCUUUACACAUUUUAGCAAGACCAACUAGUGAGACCAUUCCCUAAGUCCUAGGGAAGAACUGCCAGAGACUGGGGAAAAGAGUCAAGGCCCUUCAGAAUCUGAGAUCCCAAGGGGCAGCUAGGUGGCACAGUGGAUAGAGCACCGGCCCUGGAUUCAGGAGGAUCUGAGUUCAAAUAUGGCCUC